AUGGGUUGCAUUCAAAACGUUCAUCCGAAGAAAUACGGGCAAGGAUCAAGGCAAUGCCGUGUAUGUUCAAAUAAGCAUGCUAUAAUAAGAAAGUAUAACAUCAAUAUAUGCAGACAAUGUUUUAGAGAAAGAGCAAAUAUAAUUGGUUUUAAAAAGUAUAGAUAA